CAUUAAAAAAUGUUUAUUUAGCAUUUUUUUUUAUGAUAAUCACCACUAUUUUCAUAUCAAUAUUCAUUGAAAUAUUGCCUCCACAAAAGCAUUCAUGGCUGUCAAUGUAAUUGAUGAUGAGCUUGUCUGAUAAAACAGGCAGCUUGUCUUACAGCAGCGAAGAUAAAUUCGUUAAGUUGGUCGUUGACUUUCAACUUUAAAUAGGGCCGGGUUUCAUAAGACGGGAGUUUUCACUUUCUUCACUCUCUUUUACAAUUUUUAUCGCAGUUUUCUUCGAUAUACCCACCAUUUCACUCGCCUUUUUCGCACAGUCUUCAAGUGACCCAACUCUGUCCUCGGGCCAUGUGCGCUGGAUAUACUUAUAACAGUUCAGUACGAUGUUCUUCUCCGACACACUCAUGUAUUUUUUUGCAUGUUUUUAGAAAGUUUUUUCGGUGGGGAAAGAGGAACAUUAUUUUUCUCCUGAGAGGGCUCUGUGUUAAGUUCCAUUUCAAUCGCGUAGUAAAUGCAAAUCUCAAGUACAAAACGCCAAUUUAACACAAGAAUAAAAAUCACCACAGAGCGAGUGUAAAAAAGACGUCGCUCUACAAAUUCAUAGUGCUAUACCGUUCACCCUUGUCCUGAUAGUCUUUGCUCCAUCUAAUCUUGUAGCCAGCACGGGAAGCAUGGUCGCGCGAUAGACGAUAAAAUAGCAGGCCGUCCCUAUCGCACUAUUUGUAAGUUCCCCGUGCAGGCCAAGAUAAAAUGAAAAAAAAAAAAUGCUUGUAGACACACAACGUCAAAGAGGUUAGGCAGUAUGGCUUAGAGCUUUAGCCUGUCCAAACUCCAAAUGGACGAAGGAAAAAAAAACAACGUCAAAGAAAUGUCAAAAUUGUCAAUACAAUAAUUUUGAUUUUGAGGUUAGAGAAGUUGUUCGUAACUUCGUACUUCGUUGUUCAUUAAAAGAAGAAUACAGAAAAGAAAAUGUUGUGUCCAGAAAUCUAUAAUUUCCCUUAUCCAAAAAUUAUAUCUUCAUCCAAGAGACAUGAAAAUUUUGAAGCAGCAUUCAGCACCAUUCGAUUAAACACUUUUUACAAAAGUUUAAUUGUGACAUGCCCUGAUGAGAUGCAUACUCCAAACUCUAUAGAAGAAGCGAUUACGGAAGAUACGGAAUAUUAUAAAGUCAGCAAAUGUUCACUAACAUUGUUUACAAAGGUGGAUUUCAUUGAAAAUUUUGUAAAGAAAGGAAGCUUAAAUUGCAUGAGUGUAGUGAGGAACUGUGUUGUGGAAAAUUGUGCCGCUAUCACACCAGACGGAACACUAACUUUACAUGUGUUAGAUUUUAUUUACCAGCAAUUAGGCUUAGAAGGUAAAAAACGUCCUCAUAACUUUUACGAAGUAAAAAUAGACCUAGGCAAACUAAAACAUGACACCAAAAUUGCAAGUAGCCUUAGUAAGCUUGAAACAUUCGACUUUUUCGUGUCAUGGGAGCCAUAUAGUGAAGACAUAUGCCCAUCGUCAAUAGCAAAGUAUUUUUACGAUAAUGAUAUAAACAUAGCUGUAUGCCCUGUAAAGAUUGACCAUGUGUCUCCGUCAGUGGAAGAAAUACCUGCUUUAGAUGCAGAGCUAUAUGAGAUGUCAGAAUGGAUUGGUAUGCUCGCACACAAAGCUGACACGAAUCCUACGGAGACUUACAUUAGUUCAUACAGCUCGCCAGAAAGUGAAAACGCUAUGAAAUCUUCAAGAAUAGCCCUUGUUAUUGCUAAAGGUUUUUUUAGUCCGGCCACUGUGGAGCGACUUUGCAGGAAAGUCGAGGAGUAUGUAAAGGGCAGAGAAACAGAGCAGUAUUGGGCGUCAGUGAGUGUGCAGAGCUUUGAAAACUGCUUGUGGCAGUGGAGUCGGGGCAGCCCUAGGAUGUUCCAAGCUCAUGAUUCUUCCUGCAACUUGUUCUUUAGUCAUACCGGGGUUGCAGAGUACAGUGUAGGUCAAAUAAAAUAUUCAUAGCACCUG